AAAUAUAAAGGAAUUAGUGAUCAGUAGAGAAAGAAGAGAAAUACUUUCAAGAAGGAUUUUUGAGAAGUUUGUUUCUAAACAGACAGCAGAUAUUUGUGAUUCUCGUAGUUUUUCAUUUUUACAACAUUCAGAAAGUGAAAGUAAAGUUUAGAUCGCUGGAGCUCAAAGAGUGAAAAUGGAUUCACUAUCUGCAGAUGAUUUUUCUUGUCCUGUGUGUAUUGAAAUCUUCAAGGAUCCUGUUGUUUUAUCAUGUAGUCACAGUGUCUGUAAAGAGUGUCUCCAACAGUUCUGGAGAACCAAGGAAACUCAGGAGUGUCCUGUCUGCAGGAGAAGAUCCUCAAGAGAUGAUCCUCCAUGUAAUCGUGUUUUAAAAAACUUGUGUGAGUCGCUUCUGAAGGAGAGAAAAGAGAAGGGUUCAUCAGAGUUUGAGGAGCUCUGCAGUUUACACAGUGAGAAAUUCAAACUCUUCUGUCUGGAGGACAAACAGCUGGUGUGUUUAGUGUGCAGAGAUUCACAGAAACACGUCAAUCACACAUUCAGACCCAUCGGUGAAGUUGUUCCAUCAUACAAAGAGGAGCUCAAUACAGCACUGAAGUCCCUACAAGAGAAACUUACACACAACGAAAAAAUUAAAGGAGAGUUUGAGAAAACAGUUCAACACAUCAAGUCUCAAGCUGAUCACACAGAGCAUCAGAUUAAACAGCAGUUUGAGAAGCUUCAUCAGUUUCUCAGAGAUGAAGAAGAAGCUACAAUCACUGCACUGAGGGAGGAAGAGGAGCAGAAGAAGCAGAUGAUGGAGGAGAAGCUGGAGGAGAUCAACAGUCUCAUCUCAGCUGUUUCAUACUCGAUCAAAGACAUGGAGGAGAUGAUGAAAGCCAGUGACGUCUGCUUUCUGAAGAAGUUUCCAGUCUCAAUGGAAAGAGUCCAGAUCUCAUUACAGCCGGAUCCACAGACGCCUUCUGGAGCUUUGAUUGAUGUGCCGCGUUACUUGGGCAACCUGCCCUUCAGAGUCUGGAAGAAGAUGCAGGACACCAUCCAGAACACUCCGGUGAUUCUGGAUCCAAACACGGCUCAUCCACUUCUCAUCCUGUCUGAUGAUCUGACCAGUGCGAGCUGGAGUGACAACAAACAACCAGUUCCUGAUAAUCCAGAGAGAUUUGACAUCUAUCGCUUUGUUCUGGGUUCAGAGGGUUUUAACUCAGGAACACACUGUUGGGAUGUGGAGGUUAAAGAGAGUCUAUGCUGGCAUCUUGGAGUAACUACAGCAUCAAACCAGAGGAAGGGAGAUGAUUUCUUUGAUACUGGUCUCUGGAGUGUGCAGCACGGACUGGCUGAUUAUUUUGGUUUUCCUGUCAAACAGAAUCUUCAGAGGGUGAGAGUUGAUCUGGACUAUGACAGAGGAACGGUGUCAUUCUCUGAUCUUGUAACUAACACACAUCUACACACAUUCACACCCACCUUCACUGACACUGUCUUCCCAUUCUUCUAUAGUUUUGCCCCUCUGAGGAUCUUACCGUUCGAUAGUCAGUAAAUGUUACAGCUGUAGGUCUGGAUCUUCCUGCUUUCAUCAUGUUUCCAAUAUUUAAUCCAUAUCACACGAGUAAGAGUGCUGUUGAUCUGAAUAUCAGUAGUCUACGGCUGUGAUUGGGCUGCAGCUGAUCACAUGAGUGAUAUCAGCACUACAGACACACUGUCAGUGCAAACUAUAAUGUUUCACAUUGCUUUGGUUUCUUUGUCAUUGUUUUCACCUUGAACACAUGGUAGACAUACUACUUCCGUCUUGAGCUUUACUUUUUCACUAACUGUUUAUGAACGUACAGAUGCAUCCUAAAUGCCUGUAAGAGCUAUACUCUAUUGUGCUUAUGGGUAAAUUCAAAAGUUUAUAAUUUUAUGAUAUCUUCAAUUUUUUAUUUCAAUCAUGACAACGCUCAAAAUAGUUUAGUAUGCUGAUGGAUAUAACAACGUUAAUGUUUUUGGUCUUGGUGGGAUAGAUAUGUUACGCUGCUGCUGCUGAUUACUGCUACUUCUGUUAUUGUUGCUGCAAGUAUAAAUAAGUGAUAAUUAAAUUAGAACAGAGAGAAUAUGUAUGAUGCAAAUAGAAAAAAGCUUCAACCAAUAACAUCACUCACAGAAAUCAGAUGAAAAUGUCAGUAACAAGUGUAUAUGAACAUUACUUGACAUGUAUUUAUAUAUCAUCAUAGUGUU